AAAAUAAUCAACAGAGUCUUAUCAUUUCCACUUGUUCUUCAUCUCUCAAAUUCUGUAACACAUUUCCAAUGGCAACAAUUUCCUCAUUCACUAUCUCAGCCAAAACCCUAACCCUAACUCUACCUUAUCACGCUAAAACUCCAACUCUUAACUUCAAUCCUCUUUCUAUUCGACCCAAAAUCCGUAUCCGAAACCCUAUCCGGAUUCAAGCGGUUGUGGAUGAAGAUUACUCUUCCAAGAGAAACAGUAACAAUGAGCAGAGAGAAACGAUUAUGCUUCCUGGUUGUGAUUAUAACCAUUGGCUUAUUGUAAUGGAGUUUCCUAAAGAUCCUGCACCCUCUCGUGAACAAAUGAUUGAUACUUAUCUUCAAACUCUUGCCACUGUUUUGGGAAGCAUGGAAGAAGCAAAGAAGAACUUGUAUGCCUUUAGCACCACAACUUACACUGGAUUUCAGUGCACUGUUGAUGAAGCAACCUCUGAGAAAUUCAAGGGUUUGCCUGGUGUUCUCUGGGUACUGCCAGACUCAUACAUAGAUGUUAAAAAUAAAGACUAUGGAGGUGACAAAUACAUAGAUGGAGAGAUCAUUCCUUGCAAGUACCCUACUUUUCAACCAAAACGUAGCGGUGGAUCAAAGAGUGAGGGUAGGAGGUAUGAGAGACGGAGGGAUGGCCCUCCUCCUGCUGGUCGUCCAAAGCCAAGACAGGCAGCUGCCUCAGAUUCAUCCUCUACAUGAGCCUUCUGGUGAUUUUCAGUUUUGUGGAGAGUAAUCUCAAAACAAUUAGGAUCGCUGCUCCUUAUUGAGGCAUCUCAUCAUGCUCAUAUAACAACUAGGAGCUUAAACCCAUAUUGGAUUCUCAUCAGAUGCAUAAUGUUAUAUAUAAUUUACAGCACGCUCAAAAGGUUAUUUCAGAAACUAUCUUGUUGAAUAUGUGCUUUUGGACUGUGACUAUGAGAUGUAAGAUUAGUGUUAGGGUAGUUUUCUGUGUAAUUUGUAGUAGUUACUUAUCACUCAAUCAGUUUGUGCCUUUGUGAUAAGUAUUUCCUUGGACGAUCAUGACAUUUUAUACACAUCAAGUCACUGGUAGGAACACAACAAUUAUUAUUCCAGA